AUGAAAUCCUCGAACUCCCCGGCAGAAUCUCGUCGUCUCCUUAAUUUUGUUCCGUCGAUAAGACCGUCGUUUCUUUCUGUUGUAUUAGUUUUCGUUUGCGGAUGUCUUUGGGUGAAGAAUGAAACAACAAACGAACGACUAAUAGCGCUGGAAUCUCGCGUUAACCUUUUCCCCUGCGUUCAGAGUGUCUCGACUGAAAAUACUGACAGGAUAUCUCUUUCACCAACAAAAGGUACAGCAAGAGAUCUUUAUAAGAAGGUUCAGACACAUGUAUCCGAAAGGAUCGGUUAUACAUCAGGUAAAAUCUUCAAUUCAGAUGUUAUUUAGAUGCAGAUACAUGUUUAGAACUGAUUUUAUCCUCUUUUGAUUUAGGCAUAUAAUCUUUCAUGGUGUAAGUUUGCGCUUACAUACAGGAUCUUUGGAUAGUUCCAUAAGAUAAUUGAAUUUUUGACUUCAUCUAACACUGUAUAAACCCUUUUGCAACCCUCUCGCUCUGUUGUUAUUACUGCUUAGAUAUUCACUAAGCCACCUAUACUGGUAAAACAAUAAAGAAAUUUACGGUGUAAAUAAUCGAUGUUGAAUAGUGUCGAACGACUUGCUCACGUACAAGAUAUGUGGUCAAUACCCGGGGGAGGGUACUCCUUUAUAUAAGCCAUAUAACAGGAGCACACAAAGGGUGUAUAGUUCUUGGCUCUUUUGGUCUGAAAACGGUUAUAAACGUAGACCAUUUUGGUCUGGAAUUAGGUUUUGUUUUCGAGGAACCCACUGGAGCGUAUGCAUGAAUGUAGUUAUCGUUUCAGUUCCACAUGAAUAAGAACGAAAUAGAAAUAUGUGAAUUCGAAAUGCAUUUGAAGAAUUUUUUUGUUUGCGCUCUAAUCUAAGUAAUGAUGACACAGUUUCUUUCUAAGGGCCAGGUCUGAAAACAGGUAUAGACUGAGGUCUGCAUGGUCUGAGAACGGGUCGGGAAAAUUGAUCUGAAAUAGCACUGUCUGAAUAAAAUUGUUAGGGUGGCGUAAAAUUUGAGAUAUUUUUGAAAGGUUAGCCCCUAGAGGAGUUCAGUUAAGGAAGUCUUAGGGCUUGCCGGGUUACUUGAUAAAACCUUUGGUAACUUUGAUAGGGUGGCAAGAUUGAAAGUACGUUUAUUGAACGGUCUCGGUCGGUUUGAAACCCGGGGGGGGAGGGCACUUAUUCACUACAAUGGGGUCGCAUUUUCAAUAGAGUUGCUAGAAUGGGGUCGCACAUUUUCCGAUUUUUUGUGGUAAGACAGUUCUUCUUAUUUACGAUUAGCAAACGUACCAGAAUGUUUGUACUGUGGGUGAAAAGUAAAGUGUUCUUCAUACAGUUUAAAAAAUGGGUCAAUUCAUUAAAAAUAAAAAGUGACUAAGGUGGGAUCGCCAAAAUUACAUAUUUGCCCAAAAGUGACCAAGAUAGGGUCUAUAAUUGGUCACAGAAUAGACUAUAAUGGGGUAGGGGCUCUUAGACGCCAGCGUCACAUACCCAGCAAAAAUUUACCCAAGUACCCUUCCCCCCGGGAUUGAAAUGUGUGCGUAGGUCUAGAAAUCUAGAAUGUCAGCUUGGCUUUCCCUUGGAAGCAACAAGGGAAGAGGCGUGAGGACAAAUUGAAAAGUUGUUAACCUUGUUGUUGAACGCAACUUCCAAAACGUUGUUAAUUUUAUGAUAGAAAUGUCAGCCUUAUCAUUCAUUCCGUUGAUUUGUUCGUCAUAUUUUCUCCCUUAUUUAUUUUUAAUAUAAUCAUUGGAUAUUACUUUACUGCAGUCAGCCCGUUAUGAUUAGAGGCAUCAGCAACCAUCCGCUUAAGGAAGCGAAGAAACGUUUUGAACGACACUUCAACCGGCAUCACCAUACAUGAAGUAAGAAAAGAAAUCAGCAAACAGUUUGAAGAACUUAUGCCCACCAAGUACUGUAAGUCAACUGAGAAAGUCUGUCCCGCAGGUCCCCCCGGAUAUCCUGGUCCCACUGGACCGAGGGGACCACGUGGCAGGAGGGGACCAAAAGGAAAGAAAGGUCCUCAGGUCCCAUGGGACCUCCUGGAAAAUCCGGAAAAACAGGAAUAA